AUGGACAGCCAUGGAGGAGGAGAUGGUGGUGGGACAGUGGAAAACGUGAGCAACAAGAUGAGCAAAGAGCAGCACAACAAGACCGCGAAGGGUGAGAAGGAACAGGAGGGAGGGAAGAAGGAGAAGGGUAAGAGAGAGAGACGGAGGUCCGGAGGAUGGGCGCUGAGCGAGCGUCUGGCCAUCAAUGUCUCAGGGAUGAGGUAUGAGACACAGCUGCGCACGUUGGCACAGUUUCCCAACUCGCUGCUCGGUGAUCCCCAGCGACGCCUGCGCUAUUUUGACCCGCUCCGCAACGAGCUCUUCCUGGACCGCAACCGAUCCUGCUUCGAUGCCAUCCUGUACUUCUACCAGUCUGGAGGACGCUUACGCCGGCCAGCUAAUAUACCUCUGGAUAUCUUCAUGGAUGAGCUGCGCUUCUACGAGCUUGGCGAUGAGGUCAUGACCCGUUUCAAGGACGAUGAGGGUUUCCCCAAAGAGGAGCCAAAGCCUUUACCACAGAAUGAGAUCCAGAGGAAGCUGUGGAUGCUGUUUGAGCACCCCGAGUCGUCCGGCGCUGCCCGCAUCAUCGCCAUCAUCAGCGUUAUGGUCAUCGUGGUGUCCAUUGUCAUCUUCUGUCUCGAGACGUUGCCUGAAUUCAGGCUUGAAAAAGAAAUGAGAGAGCAAGCACUGCACCACUCAAACCCAAACAGCACAGCAGUGGCGCCCCACCUCUCUCCGUUCCAGGAUCCCUUUUUCAUCGUGGAGUCGAUGUGUAUCUGCUGGUUCUCUUUUGAGCUGCUGAUGCGCUUCGCCUGCUCACCAAGCAAAAUGUCCUUCUUCAAAGAUAUGAUGAACAUCAUUGACUUCUUUGCCAUUAUCCCGUAUUUCGUCACUCUGGGCACAGAGCUUGCUCGGUCCAAAGGUGGCACGCCGGCAAUGUCCCUGGCAAUCAUCCGUGUCAUCCGUCUCGUGCGUGUCUUCCGGAUCUUCAAGCUGUCGCGCCACUCGAAAGGCCUGCAGAUCCUGGGCCAGACGCUAAAGGCGAGCCUGAGGGAGCUGGCGCUGCUCAUCUUCUUCCUCUUCAUCGGUGUGGUGCUCUUCUCCAGUGCUGUCUACUUCGCAGAGGUCGACAGCCCCAGCUCGUCCUUCACCAGCAUCCCCGAGGCCUUCUGGUGGGCCGUCGUAUCCAUGACGACGGUCGGCUACGGCGACAUGUACCCGGUGACAGUGGGGGGCAAGUUGGUGGGCUCCAUGUGCGCCAUUGCUGGUGUCCUGACCAUCUCUCUCCCUGUUCCUGUCAUUGUGUCCAACUUUAGCUACUUCUACCACCGUGAAAUGGAGUGUGAGGACGAUCAGGAAUACACACACGUUAACACGUCGCUGUGGAAGAAAGAGAAGGAGGACAGUGAUGAUGAGGAAGGAGACAGCGAUGACGAGCCCGACUAUGCGCCCUUGGAAGGAGGUGUGAACUACAGAGGGAUUUGCGCGCCGCUCAAUGGGACUCUACUCGCUGGAUUGUGUGCUGGAGAACAGAGAACAGGGAUCGUGUACCAAGGAGAACCACUCGUCACCCAAGUCUGA